AUUCUAUUUGGAAAUACGAUUUUUUAUUAACCUCCAUGGAAACGGUAUCUGUGACAUUAACUGAGCGGUUUCAAUAUGAACGAAACCGCCAACGUAUUGUUCGAUCCCUUGAAAACAUGGGAAUCACACAGCCCGAGAGACGCAGACGCAGUAAAGGAUAUAAACGCGCUUCAGAAUUGUUAUCAAGGAAUGGGAGUUCGAUCUCAUUGAAAGGCGACAGUGGUAGACGUGAUAGUACAUUGACGGUGACAUCACCGGCGCUAGGAUUACGGAAAGGAUCGUUGAUAGGAAACGGCAAUGACAUGAACGAUAUGUUGACACGAAAAGGAUCGAUCCAGGGAGGUGGCGUUACCACACUCAUAUUGCAGACAAGGCGUAGAUCAGACGAGAAGUUGAGGAGAAAGCGAUUGGCACAAAAUCAGCGCAGACUUCUCCUGCAAAAAUUCAUAAUGGUAGGGAAAUUGAUUGGCUUUAUGUUCCGUCUUUGUAAGAAACACUUCCACGUUGCCGAUUCAACAGAUUCAGCAGUUAUGUAUGGUAUGGGUGAUGGAAAUAGUGAGACAGAAUUACUCUUUGACUUAUCAUCAUUUAAAGCUCAGAAACAGAGCAAAGUGACUCAAGAAGCCAAACGAAUUCUGAAGAUGGAACCAAGAGAAAGAACGGAAAGGGAGAUUUAUCACGUACAGGUUGCUUUAAGGAAUGUCGAAUCCAUAGCCUGCUAUCCAGUCACUAUGCAUCGCAAACUAUCUAAAGUUGGAUGGUAUCAAUGUUUUGAAGCGAAGAGACUGAUUCUAAGACAGGGAUAUGAGCCCAUCAAUUAUUACUUUAUCCUCUCAGGAUCAGCCGUAUUGUCUGAAUUCGACGUAGAAGAAGACAAGUCACGUGUUGUUAGUAUUCUCAAUAAAGGUGAAAGUUUCGGA